AUGAGCGCUUCGCUGACGUUCCGUGCCAACGUGGCCGCCACCCGGCCCCUGACCGCCCAGGGCCCCGCCCGCGCGGCCACGGCACGCACGGCCCUCAAGGUCGAGGCACGCGUCGUGAUCCGCUUCAUGCGGUUCGGUCGCCGCUACCAGCCCUUCUACAGGCUCUGCGCGGUGGACUCCCGGAAGCCGCGCGACACCCGGCCGCUGCAGUUCCUGGGGCACUACGACCCGUUCACGAAGGAGACGAACCUGAACGCGCCCGCGAUCAAGGAGUGGCUCAACAAGGGCGCCAAGCCGUCGGAGUCGGCCGAGGCGCUCCUGAAGAAGGCCAUGGUGAUCAUUGAGUGA